AUGGCUCACCAUGCAAGGCCUUCCAGAUCAGUCAAAAAAGAAGAAUUAGGCAAAAGGAAAACUAACCAGGGCAAAAAGAAUUCUAGCCAAGUGAGAAAGAAAACCACGAAGACUUCCACAAAAGCUGUUAGUUGCGAAAAAGGCAAAAAGCCAGGGCAAGAAAAAGAUGUUAAGAAAAAACAGCAAGAAAAGAAACCAAUCAUGAGCUCUUCAGGUAGACUUCUCAGGAGCAGUGUGACUAGAACCUUGUCUGGAGCGUCCUGGGUGAGUUUGGAGAAAGCUGAGAACACCCUCGUUCACAACCAGGAUUCUUUCAGCAUCAAUGGCUUUACAAUGUCUCUCCGUAACCGAUCGUUCUCCCGCAGAUUGUCCCAAACCUCAGUAAUUGCUAAACCCAGGAAAGCUGCAGUACAGAAAAGGCUAGAAACAAAGGAAAAACAUGAGCAAGGAGCUCUGGCAGUAGUAGAAGAGAAAAAUGAUGGAACAGGUGAAAUAGUUUUGAAACAAGAUUUGGCACGAAGUGAGUUAGCUGCUCUGCCUGUGGAAGGUGCUCCAUGUAGCGCAGGCGAAGAGCCCGUUAUCCUGUGUGCCAGUCAGGACAAGGAGAUAGAAGUACCUGAAACAAAUUACUCCAUUCCACAGAGUCAGGUAACUGAUGAUGGUACAGAAGUGUCAGAGGUGAAAUCUAAGCAUGAAAACCUGCCCUGUGAGCAGAUACCCAGUCAUCUUGGCAUAGGUGGUUUGGCUGAAGCAUUUGUUGAAGAUGCUGUGCUUGUGCUUCCAUCUUCUCCUUCUGACUCCAUAAUCACCUCUGAAUCAAACUCAAAGGUGUGUGCAGAGACUCCUUUCAAUCUGGUGCUUAACAGUCAGGAACCUGACUCCAGCUCUGUCAAUACCUCAGACCUCAGCCCAGCAGUACUGCCGGAAGAGUUGGUCAGACUUGCCAAAUCCCCCAUUGAAGCAGAGUUGGACCUGGUGCUGCCUAGUGCAGAACAAGACUUGGAUUCUGCACCUAUAGUUACCUCUGGGUUUAACUCACAAGAACAUUUAUUAGAAGACACCAGCUCACUCACAGAGCCCUGUGUGAAUGCAGGCUGGGAUUUGGAAUCUAGCAAUAAAGACAUUGAUUCGUAUUCUGGCUCUGUAGCUGCCACUGAAUCAAAUCUGCUCUCACGUUUUGAAGGUGCAAGCUCACUUGCUGAAUCCCCCAUAAAACUGGUUGUGGAUUUUGUACCCAUUCACAAAGAACUUGACUCAAAUUCAUAUUUGAACUGUACAAGAGACAAUUCAGAAUCUGGCUCAAAAAGCCUAUUUACAGUAUGUGAAACAGUCUCCAAUACCUCUAUGAAUGAUAUUGAAGUGGAGGACAUUGAACAGCUAGUUAAAUGUAUUGAUGCAGAGACCUUAAUUCUGAAUUCAGGUUAUGUCCCCACUUUAUCUCCAGAGUUAGUAAAAAGCACAGUCAAUAAAGUUUCUGGUGAAAGUUCCGGACAGUUCUCUGAAGGUUUCAUUUCAGUGUUGCCUUCAAGCAUGGAAAUCUCUGCUCUUGCCUCAGAAAAAGCCAUAAAUGCAGACUUGCCUGCUGACUCAAGACUGCAGCAUAAUGAUUAUUCAUCACAGCUGGGAGGUGUCGAAGUAAGCUUGAAUUUGGUUCAGGACAAUGUGAACAAUGGCACUGAAGCAGUCGAGGCCUCAGGUCUGUCCUCCCUUAAAAAUCCAGUGGGUGAUUACCCUGUUCCCUAUGCAUCUCUGCUGCCUAUGCUAGAGAAAAAAAAACGAAGGCGUUGUGGAGUCUGUGAACCCUGUCUGCGCAAGACAAAUUGUGAAGAAUGCAGCUGUUGCAGGAAGCGCAAAACCAGUCACAGGAUAUGUAAAAAGAGAAAAUGCGAAGAGCUGAAAAAGCCACCGCCACCGAUCACACUACCUUUUGAGCGCACAAAUCCACGGCCAGCGUGCUGGUUUGGACACUGUGUCAGUGAAGGCUUCAGCGACCGCAGUGUUCGGUACCUGCUCGUUCGUUUGCUGUCCCUGGUUAGCAAGGGCCCGUGUG